AUGCUGAAGCUGGUGGUGUUGUCCUGCUUGGUGGCGGCCGCGGCAGCCGGCGCGCUCUUACCGUACGCACACCUCGCCUACUCGGCGCCCCUCGCCUACUCGGCACCCUUCGCCUACGGGGCGCCAUUGCUGGCCCCCUACGCCCCUAACUACCGUGGCCCUCUGUCUCUGGCGCCUGGCCAGCCCGCCAACAUCCUCGCGGCUGACGGCAGGCCGCUCGACACCCUGGACGUGAACCUGGAUCGCUCCGCACACUACACUGCCAAGGCCCUGGACAACGCUGGCUUCCACAUCUUGAAGAAACGCUCCGCUCCCCUGAUCGCGCCCAUCAGCCGCGUGGCGGUCGCUGCUCCCUUGGUUCACAGUUACGCCGCUCCCUUCGCUUACUCUGCACCCGUCAUCAGCUCCCGCCUGGCCGUGGCUCCCAUCAGCUACGCUGCCGCACCCCUCGCCCAUUACUGGAAAUGA